CAACUUUCAUUUUUAUUUUGGAUGUUCUUCUAUCCAAUGGCUUCCGCGACAUCUUAUGCUUCGAAGAGAGCCCUAAAACUUGUAAGCCAUCCUCUUCUGAGCAGAGAUUUCUUUUCAGCUAUUCGCUACAAUAGUCGUCAUCUCAGUGCUGUAGCCACGGUUGGAAAAGCAGAACCAUUGGAAACUUCUUCGUCAUUGUCGUUCAUUUUCUCAGCUGAUAGUGGCGGAGCAGAAGAAAGGGACAAGAAAAAAGAUGAAAGCAUCUAUAUCAAAUCAUCGAAAUCAAACUUCCAACAAGAAUCCUCCUCCUCAUCAGUGACAAUGCCAAUGUCAUUCAUGACAGGUUCUAUUGUUGGCUUGAGAUUCUACAAGCAGGUCACCACAAGGCAAGCUGAUGAUGGUAAUGGUUGGACUGUCAUGCUUGAUUAUAGAACCCUCAAGACACCAUCUAAGAGACCUCUCAAGCUUCCUACGCCAGUGCUUGCAAAGGCUAUUGCAGCCGAAUGGGAAUAUCAGCAAACAGAUGGCAUCAGACCCUUUACAAUGCCCCUCAUGAAACUUGCUUGCACUGCAUUGGAGAGAGUUCCACUUACACGGACAAAAAUUAUCGAACACUUAAUGAGGAAGUUUCAUCAGGAUUUGGUUUUCUGCCGUUCUCCGGGCGACAGUGAUCUAACAAGCGGAAUCCUUGAGCGACAAGUGGAGAAAAUUGAUCCUUUGCUAAAUUGGGUAGAGUCUGAAUUUGGCUUUAAGCCUGUUGUCUACUCUAGCUUUUUUGGCGGGAAGCAAGUGGAUGGUCUUGUUAAUGCUGUCAAACAUCUUCUAAAGAGCACAGAUGACUGUGAGUUGGCUGCUAUUGAUGCAAUGGCUGCAGCUGCACACUCUCUAAUAAUUUCUAUUGGGAUUUUUCGGGGGAGGUUGCAGAUUGAGGAGGCCAUUGAGUUGAUUAGACUUGAAGAAGAUUUACAAGUUGAUCGAUGGGGGUUGGUGGAAGGUGGCCACGAUGUUGAUAUUGCUGAUCUAAUGGUGCAAAUCUCAUCAGCUGCUGUUUUCCUUGGACUUGCUAGGAUAGUCUGAAGUUCUCUCCCUCUCUCUGUUUUUAUUUUUUAGGUUUGGAAGAUUUGGGUCUGUAGCUGGUUUGUGACACGGCAGUGGAUAUCUUGUUUAGGUCAUCAAUAAUCUUAACCACCCCCCACCCAGGAAAAAAAAAAGAAAUCAAGAAUCAAAUAAUUAAUUCUGCAAGCAAGAAAACAUAUUGUUUUCGUAGUUGAGACAGAAAAAUUGACUUUGUUUCAACCUGAUUUGAUUUUGCUUCUUCUACCUGAUUACUGAUGGGUCUAAGCAUUUGUUUUUUGUGCUUGCUGAGGUUACUAUACAGUAAUUAGACGAAGCAAAUUCCUGUAAUCAUAUACUCAUGGAGAUGAACAUUGGCCAACUCUGGGCGGGGUAUUAGCUC